CUGAAACCAGAUCCAGAUCCAGGACCAGAUACAGAUCUAGAUCCAGAUCUAGAUCCAGAUCCAGGACCAGGUCAGGAUCCAGGACCAGGACCAGUUCAGGAUCCAGGACCAGGACCAGGACCAGGACCGGGUCUCAGCAUGACGGAACCGGCCCUGUGAUCGGACCCUGACCUGAUGAGGAGGUGAUGGAGACCCGGGGCGUGUGCACGCUGACCCUGCUGCUGCUGGCGUGCGCGUGCCCGAUGCGCUGCAGCGCCAGCUGGAUGUGGCUGGGCGUGACCUCCGCCGGGGCCCCGGAGCCCCCGGCCUGCGCGGCCCCGCCGCUCAGCGCCCGCCAGCGGGAGCUGUGCCGCCGGAAGCCCUUCCUGCUGCCCAGCGUCCGGGAUGGGGCCCGGCUGGCCGCGUCCGAGUGCCACAACCAGUUCCGGCACGAGCGCUGGAACUGCUCCACGUCCAAGAAGCCGCCCGGGUUCGGACCCGAGCUCGGCAGCGGAACCAAGGAGACGGCCUUCAUCUACGCUGUGAUGGCGGCGGGCCUCGUCCAUGCCGUCACGCGGUCCUGCAGCCAGGGCAACAUGACGGAGUGCGGCUGCGACGCCCAGCUGCGUGGCGGCGGCUCCUCCGCCGAGGGUUGGCACUGGGGCGGCUGCUCAGACCACAUCCAGUACGGAACCGUGUUCAGCCGCCGGUUCAUCGACAACACCGUCAAGAACACGUCGGCGAGCCGCGAAGGCUACACGCUGGUGACCAUGAACCAGCACAACAGCGAGGCGGGGCGGCAGGCCAUCGACCGGACGAUGUCCACAGACUGCCGCUGCCACGGCGUGUCCGGCUCCUGCGCCGUGAAGACCUGCUGGAAGUCGAUGGCGCCGUUCGAGCGCGUGGGCGCCUACCUGAAGGAGCGGUACGAGCACAGCAUCCAGGUGCCGGGUCGGUCGCGGAAGAAGCCCCGGCGGAAGGAGCCGCGGCGGCCGGUGGACCGGUACCAGCUGAUCUACCUGAACAAGUCCCCCAACUACUGCCUGGAGGACCGGCGGGGCGGCAUCGCCGGCACCAGGGGCCGCCGCUGCAACCGCACCUCCACCGGGCCGGACGGCUGCAACCUGCUGUGCUGCGGCCGCGGCUACAACACCCACGUGGUGCGGAACAUCCAGCGCUGCGAGUGCAAGUUCGUCUGGUGCUGCUACGUCCGCUGCAGGCGCUGCGAGAGCAUGAACGACAUGCACACCUGCAAAUAACACCUGGGGGACACCUGGAGGACACCUGGGGGACACCUGGGACACCUGG